AUGAGAACAAGCUGGUCCUGGGCUGCGACGCAGGAGGAGGAGGAGGAGAAGAAGGAGGAGGAGGAGAAGAGGGAGAAGGAGGAGGCUCCAUCCCAGCAGCAGCAGAAAGGGGCUCGAGGCGUGUGGGACAGACCCCGCGUUCCUGGCUCCCUUCUGCCGACGCGGCAGCUGCAGGCGAGGUCCCUGUGCACGAUCCCGGGAAUGGGGUCGGCGAUGUGGCUGCUGCUGCUGGCGCUGCUGGCGGCCCCGGCACACUCGGCAGCCCCCCGGCACCCCCUGAUGCUGCCGGACACGGGGGGCAGCGGGGACGGGGAUGAGGCGUCGGCCACACCACCCGCCCCCCCGGUGACCCCCCGGAUCAGCCCCACGGUGGGAGACGCGGGGGGAACCACCGUGACCAACAGCUCCGCCCCGGGAGUGCUGGACGGGCUGGUGGACUUCUUCAAGGAGUACCUGCUGCUAGUGGUGGUGGUGGCCUUAAUGAUUCUCUAA